UCCAAGCCCCUGGAGAUUUGAUAGCCCUAGUGCUUCAGGGCUGCCCCCCCCCCCCAGUCUUACAGGCAGCAAGGUUGGAGACAGGAUAGUAAGGCUGCAGAGGCCCUUCUGGGAAGGCUCUCUGGAGCAGAGAAGGCUAAAGCAGACUUCUCUGAACCCCAAGGGUGGUGUGGUCAUUCCCUGUUAUUUUGCUUCCUCAUGGCCUGGCUUGGGCUAGCAUGCCCCAGUCUGGCAUAAUCCUAGCUGGCUCUCCAGUCAGAAGUACAUGCCACCUCUUGGAGCAUGUUUGAAAAAGCCUAGAAGGCUUACAUGUUUUCCAAACAUCUAAAAAUACCUGAUACCACCCCGUAGUUUGCUCAUAGAGACCACUGAUCUCUUAAAAUGUUAUCUGGAACACAUGAAUGGGGUUUGCUCCAGGUCUGCCCAUGGGAGCAGAUGAGAUCAGGCUGGAUGACUCUAGGUCAGCAGUCAAGUCAGAACCAUGUAGUUACUACUGCCAAGAGGAACACUUGACUGUACUAGUAGACCUGGGCCCCCAGGUGGCAGGGCUCACCCACCACAUCCACUUGCCUCUGUCCCAAAGCAAUGUUAGACCCCUGUCAUGGGUAUGCUGCUCUCCUCACUAAGGGUAUCACACCCACAAACCUUUCUAGAAACAGCCAGCUGGAAUGCCUCUUCUCCCUCAGUCUUGGGAAAGCAGUAGAUGGAGAAGCUGGCACCAGAUCUGUCCAGGGCCCUGGGACUCAACUCUGGGUCCCAUCUUUUCUGUGCCAGAGUGUCCUGGCUAUGAGGGAGAGCCUAGGAGCUGGUGGGAUACAGGUAGCCUCCGCUCACAAUCAGGCAGUCUGUUUUUGGACUGCUGUCUUCGGGGGUUUGUGUCCCUUUCCCUAGAUCAGACCCAUUAGUAACAGUCUCAGGGAUGGAGUAUAGCACAGAGGUAGAGGCUCACCCAACAUAUGCAAGCCCUGUAAACCAUCUCCUGCACCGUUAAGGAACAGAAACAUCAAGUCUUGGAUAUUUUUCGUGCUGUAGCCUUCUGUUCUCUGGGAACUCUUAGGAAGAAAAGCCCCAAGUCCGGUGGGAUUCCUGAUUCUGUCCGCACCUUCCUUCCCCAGCCAACAGGGAGGAGGAGAUAGGCAACAAAGGGCCUAUGAGGUGCCCACAGUCCUCUGGGUAGGGCGUGGUCCCUGGUGUCCAAGGUUAUCCUGCUUAGAGCUGGGCUUUGAGUUCUUUGUUUUUGGAACUGUGCUAAGCACAGGGAUUACCAACCCCAGAACCCAAUCCUUCCCACCAUAUUGACUUUCAGAAAUCUCUGUUGAAUGUGUGCUCCCCAGAAUGUCAGGGGCAGCUGGAUGCUGGCUAGAGCCACAUGUAGGGGUUGAUGCCCAGGCCGUCACUCAGUGACACGGGGUUAUUAUGCUGUCAUGGGUCACCUGGAAUUCUCUCCCACCCCAUGAGAAGCAGCCCUUCAGGAAGUCCCACAGCCAUUGUCUAACCAGGGCUAAUACUCAUUGUCCCUACCCAUCUCUAAUGACUGUUCUGAGGGCCAGAGGACCCAGACUGGACCGAACCCAGAGCAAGGCAGUAGCCAGUCCAUGAUGGGCACUGGGUGGUAGACCUACCGGCUACCAUGUGACUAUACCGUUAGACCUGGGCCCCCAGGUGGUGUGGCUCAUCAUCCAUACCUUCCUGCCUUGGUGCAAUGCCAACACCACCCAUGGGUGUGUUGCCCACCUUCCGAAGGGUAACCUGGCAGACCUGCCCCAGGCACAGCCAGCAAGAAGGUCUCUACUCCCCCAAGGCCUCAGGGAGAAUGGCCAAUCGGAAGGCCACCAUCAAGCCCAGGGAAGAAGAGCUCCAUCCUCAUGCAGCCAAGGACAGCUUUCUGAGGUGGCCUAUGCUUUCCCAGAAGCUGGGGCCUCCUGGGGCAGCUCCCUCUGUGGCCUGGUCUGAUUGUAUCAAGGAGCCAAGCCCCUACAUGAAGACCUGCAGCCUGCCCGUGUGGUCGCCGUGCUUGGACACCAGGGAUGCGAACAGCUCAGUGUCAUCUGGCCGACUCUCUGGCUCCUCAGGGGGACAUGAUUCAUGCGCACUUUUCCAUGGGCCCUGGAAAGAAAGGCCACCCCUGGUGUUGGGGCCCCAGCGUCAGCCCAGGAAGACUAACCCUCGUCUGGAGCAGUUGAGGGACAAGAUCCGGGCCCAGGCACAGUGGCAGGCUAGUUGCGCCUCCUUGGGCACCUCUGUCCCCUCUAGUGCCUCGUGCCUCUACAAGACCUCAGCAGGGCUCCGGAGGAAGACCCCGAGGAUGACCAAUGACCUUCCGGUGGCUGCUUGCCCAGGCAUUCUUCGUGCAGCUGAACACAGAAGCAAAGACCGGGCACCUCUCAGCCUGAGACGGGGGCUCUCAAGGAUUCCCCAGCACCAUGCUUCAGUUCCAAGGACAAACAUUAAAAGGAUCAGAAGUGCUUCUUACAAAAGAGAGACUCCAAAGUCAUCUGUCCCCCGCAGAACUGUCAAAGGCAGAGAUUCUGAGUUGACUGGUGUGUACGCCUGGAGGAAAGGACAAGCCCUGGUGAGGAGGCUGCUUGGGCCCCCUCCUGCCCUCUCCCGGCUCCAGAGCAAGGCCCCCGCCACGGAAUUAGGCUCUGACAAGGAAGCAGGAACCGUCGGAGACACAUCUGUCCACACCUGGUUCUCUAAGCCUCCCUGUGCCUGUGGUGACCAGCAGGUUUCUGAGCAUACACCCAACCUGGCUUUCCAUGAUCAGUCAGGAACUAUCCAGGGUGCCAUGGAGAUGCUACAAGACCUGCGCAAGCAAAUCCAGACUGGUCUGGAGCUUGCCAGGCGCCCCAGGGCAGCAAGGAAGCUCUCAUCAUCAAAACCAAAGCCACAGAACCUGGCUGGGAAGAGCCAGCAGAGAUCCCACAGCCCCUGGGACAUUCAGGACUCCUCAAAGAGUACUUGGAUUGCAACAGAAGGGAAGUGCUCUUCUUUGGGCAGGGCUGGAAAUUUGCACAGCCAGCAACAAUGGAAGAAAGCAGCGGCUGAGCGGGAGUCUUGUCCACAGAGAGCCUGGGCAGCACAGGGACAACACACCUCUUUCCAGAGGCCUGGAAGCACCCCAGAAAAGCCAGGUUCCUUCUCCCAGAGGCCCUGGAGUGCCCUGGCUUGGCAAACCAGUCCACAGAGGGCCUGGGAAAAUCUAGGACAGGAUCCCUCCUUCCAGAGGUCUGGAAGCCCCCCUAAAAUGUCAAGCCCCUUCUCACAGCGACCCUGGAGCGCCCUGGCUGGCCAAGCUUGUUCACAGAGGACUUACACAGCUGGUACAGACUGGGAGGUUCCUGGGUACAGCCCAUGGAGCUCCGUGGCGAGGCCACAUCCUGUUCUCCAGCAGCCCUGGAGUAGUGCCUCUGUUAAGAGUCCCUACAGUAAGGACAAAAGUGCUGGCCCUCCUCCCUCAAAAGUCAAGCCAGCUUGGCCAGAGCCCGCCCAGGACUUCCAUCAGAGCAAACUAGCAAAGGAGCAAGACAGACUGGGGACCCCACCCUGCCCAAGGCCACGGCAGUCUCUGGGCCGGCCGCGUAACUCUGAGUCCUUGCGUGACUUCAUGCGUCAGAAGGCCCAGGCCCGGCGCCAACAGGCCAUGGAGCAGAAGGCCUUGGCCACACACACUCUGGAACUGCGGAACCAGAGGCUGCAGGAGGUAUAUCGGAAACAGCGAGAGGCCAUCUUUGGCAAGCCCGUCCCUGUGGUUUCCCAGAGGAGCCCUGGCAUCGUCACCUUUGUUCCCAGUUCCGUACAGUCUGAGGACCUGGAAGCCACUGGGAGUCUCCGGUCACCACUGCAGAAGUGGAGCAAGGUGACAUCUGGCAUGGUGCUUGGGAACCAAGAGGCUCCAGACAGCUUCUGUCUGUGUUUGAACAAACCAUGGAACUGUGCUGAGACCCAGAACACUGGAUGCCCCCGGGAAGGCUACAAGCAGGCCCGGCUGCAGGCACUGGAGACGAUGGCCGAUGUCCUCAAGCAGCGUAUUGACAUCUUAACCACCAAGUUACACAAGCCGACAUCGCCGGACACACCUGGUGACCUGGCCUCCGACAUUCCGCCCUUGGGCCCCAGCACAGCACCUACCACCCCCACUCUCACGCCUCCCUCUUACCUCAGAAGUUUAGUGUCUGACGGGAGCAGAGGAACUCCCCAGGACUGGGUGGACAUGCAGGGCAAGCCCCUUCUCCCCAGCACUUACUUCCAGGACAGUGAGGUGCUGCCAUGGAGCCCCAGCUGGAAGCCUCAGAGCUCAAACCUGGGGACUCACAUUGAGAGCCAGCCCCAAGGUCCUGUAUCCAGCACCCUUGCCUCAGUGUCUCAGGUUCAACCUUGCUUUGCUGGCUCAUCAAGUCGUGGUGCCCUUUCCAAAGGUGCCAUAGAGGAGAGACACCGGGAGCUGGAAAAGAAGCUGAAGAGAGAGAUGGCUACUCUCCAGGCCCUCGGUGCCUGCAUGAGGAGCUCACUUGGGUUACCAGCUGCACCAGACCCCACCUGUGGCUCCCUUUGGCAGGAGGAGAAACUAGAAACCAAAAAAGCAGGCUUGGUAACACCCUGGACCACCCAGAGCUGCGGUAAGGGCGAGCCUGAAGACAGGCCCUGGGCUGGCUGGUCGGGUGGCCAGGGGGGCCUCCCAUGGGGUAGGAUAUCUGGGGGUCUUCAGGCAAGAGCUGGCAACCCUUCUAGGCUCCAGAGCUACAGUAAAACCUCAGAGGUCCACAGACUUAUUGCUCCUGCCACACUGACUGAGCAUGACAUCACACCUGACACUGAUCAGAGCUCAAGAUUCUAUCCCAGCAAAAUCUACAUUUUGGGGGCACCAGGAGAUGGCAGAAGUGCUGGUCAGUCACGGGAACGGCAACGAGAGUUCCAGCCUUUAGUAUAUACAAGCAGCGGUUGUCCGUGGGAGGCUUUCCUGAACUUCAACACCCGGACAUCCCUGCUCGAUGGGAUGUCUGUUGAUGGGGGUAGUGUGGUGGCUGUCAGACAUGUGGCUGUCAAGACCUGGAACUGUGAAGAGAUGGGACAGGAAAUAUGGUGGGAAGAAGGAGGCUCAGCGAGCUUGAGAGAGGGAAUACAGCCACAUGGCAGCCACGCCGUCUCGAAGGGCUGCAGGGAAGGGGCCUUUCUUGAAGUGCUGGCUACCAGUGCAGUCCUUGCGUUGUGUGGGCUUUCCCUCCCGGCCUCUGGCCUCAGUUUCCUUGCAGGCCAAGAAGCUGUGAGUGCUGAGGCUCAACCAGGAGAGAGGCUCAGAGCGUACCUGCCACUCAGGUGCCCUCCUCCGUGGUCCGCAGGUCAACAGGAGCCCAAGGGGCCACGUUCUGGAGGGCACCUGACCAGUUUCCAGCUGAAAUCCUUGCACUUUCUCCAGUCACUGAAGCUGGACCAGCAGAAGCAGGAGCAGGCGCUGGCCCUUCUGCGACAGCGGGCAGAGCAGGAGGUAUGGGAGACGCAGAUGGCGCUAGAUGAACUUGUCUUCAAACACCAGCUGAAGAAGCAGAUGGAGAAACCCCUAGUCCCGCAAAAGCCAGAAGAGACUUUGAAGCUGGAACAGCAGCAGAUGUGUGGUGGCCUAGAGCCGAGCACACCAUCUCUCGACACAGUGACAAGCAGAUCUAGAUCCCCACCCUUCCCACAUAGAGACGCGGAGUCCUUGAAGCAUCCUGAGGAGGCAAGGGCAGUUUCUGCAGGACCCCACCAAGAUCUGCUUUCUCUCUCCGAGCUGGUGCAGCAGCACCCAUCCCCCUCCCAGCUGGCUCUAACCAAGUCCUUCCCUUCAGACAGAACCUACUACAAGUGGAACAUAGAGAGACCAGAGCCAGGAACAGAAAGGUCCAGAACCUUCCACCGCUUCACUAUUGCGAUGCUGGAGCAGAGUCUGAGAGACGAAGAGCUGCGUGCCCAGCACCAGGCUGCAGUUCUCCGACUGCGUGAGAUGGCGCUGGAGGAAAAAGCCCGUGCGGAGCUGGCCUGCCUGGAGCAUCAGAUAGGGUGUCUGGGGCUCAUGGGGCGUGGAGCGGCACAGUCCACUUUGUGGGAAAAGCAACAACAAGCCCUCAGCAGGCUUGAGAAGGAACGGAGGGAAAUCCAGUACCUGAAGAAGGUGUACGCGUCCCUGCACCGUGACAGAAAGCAGCUUCUGCAGCACCAGCAGUCUAUCCUCGAUGUGCAGAGGUCCGUGGCUCACUUGCGGCAGGGAGCUCCAGGGCCCGGACCCAGCUGCUGCAGGUGGGCGCUCCCAGCGUCUUCGCCUGGUCCCUUUGUGUCCCACCUCGCUGCUCUUGUGGAAAAGGGUCUGGGGGCAGGGAUGAUGGAAGACAGUGGCCUCAUCUCUGAAGCACCUGCCACAGGCCAACCUUCAGGAGAGGGGGCUCUGGACUACCUGAUUCUAGAGUUCUCUAUGCCUCUGGGCAACUAUGAGCAGAAAAGCAAGCUCUGUCUUCUGUCUGCACCUAUCAGCAGGCGUAUAGGCCUGAGGGCACCAGCUGAAGGUGGCCAUCCCAGGCUUGCCCUGUGCUUUUCUUCCCAGAGUUCCAGCUCCAGCAUCAAGGUCGCCUGGGAAGGGGUCUCUGACACAAGUCCAGAAACAGAGAAACACAGACCUGGAAGCCCCCACAAGUCACAACCCCCAGGAACUCUCAGACUGCUUGUGAAAGUUUCAGAGGCCCUAAGAGGCAGGCUGACUGGUACCCACAUGAUGGUGGGCCCAGGCAACAAGGAAAAGGAUCAGAGGCUUCUAGGCCGCCAUCCGUGUCCCAUAGCAGCUGCUCCAUCUAAGACCCAGGCCCUGCUUGGGAAGCUGCUGAGUGAAGAGGGACCAGGAGCCUGUCUUCUGCUUGGCCACUGGUCACAGUUGCCCCUGGAUGUAGCUCAAGGUGGUUCUAGGGACAAGGAUUUGCUGAGUCUUGUGGUCAGGGAUGGGCACCCUGGCUGGAGUGCUGGAGGUCCACUCACAUCUAGUCUGCUGUGUGUCCUGUCCUACAGCCUUUCUCCAGAGCAGAAGGAAGUGGCACCUCCCCAGACAGCUUCAGCUGCAGAUAAGCUCCUGCAGCCUUGGAGGCUGAAGUGGGCAGAUGUCACACCGGGGACUGAAAGCCCAUCUGUGGAGAGUGGACAUGACAGCCAAGGGUCUGGAAAAGAGCCUUAUGUCUCUCCCCCUGGUCUGCUGCACUUGAGCUCCCUGGACUCCAAACAUGAGAAACACUCAGCCUUUCCUGUCAUCGAGAAAGAUGGUAACCCGGUCUCUCAACUGAAGCCACAGGAGGCCAAGGAACUGCCUCCUCCAGGCGACCUACAGACCAAGUCCAGUGCAGCCUGGGUAGUAGAGAGACAGCCUAUGGACAGCCAUGCUUGGAGCUCGCAUGGACCGUGUGGACAGUCCCUAAGUGAAGAUGGUCCUUGUCUCGAGGAAGCCAGAGUGGGUGAAAAGAGAACAAGUCAAGGCCUGGAUGUUUCCAGAAGCCCAAAGGGGGAACCCCAGGAAGAGGCACACUGGAAGUCAGAGCGGCAAAGGAGAGAAACCUGUCAACAGGAGAACCCAGACAUCCCCUCCACCCACCUGGAAGCUGACCAGGAGGCUCCUUCCCCAGCAGCUCCUGUGGCCAGCGAAGAGGAGGCACAGCCUGCCUGGCACCUAGACAGCCCUCCAUCCCAGCCUGCUGCCAUCUUGGACACGUGUUCUGAGUCUGCUUCUAGAAGCUGCUCAGGGUCUUCGGAAGCCCCUGCCUUAUCCCUCACCCCCUCAGCGGACUCAGCAAGUAGCCUUUCCUGUUCAUCUCUCCAGGAGUUCCAGAAAGCCACGGCCACCCUCGUCCAUCUUUCUAACAGCUCCACAUCCCUGUCUAGCUUGGAAGCUGAUGAUACCCUGCAUGCAGACCCCAGCUGGUCUAGGGAGCUUUCUGCUCAUGAUUCCUGGGAAGAACCUGGCCUGCCUUCCUUCUGGGGCAAGCAGGGACUUCCUCAGCUGGAGGGAGCUCCUGGGGAUGUAGGUCCAGUGACCCUGCAAAAACUGGAAGGCAGGGAGACCAGACUCCUGAGUGGCUUCUCUAAGGAGGCAGCUGUGGCAGGAGACUUAGAGACAGGGUACAACUUACUUCAGGCAGGCUGGCCAUUGUUAUUCCCACGUGCCCCUUCUCCAAGACUGGGGUCCGAGUUGUCAGAGUCCUCCAGCCAAAUUUGGGAUGAGAACAAUGAGGAGAACCUUGAAGACCCUAGCCCUGGUGUUGAGCCACCUUCAGGGAGCUCCUUGCCUGCACGUGGUUCCCUGGACAUAGAAGGCAGUGGAGGGUCCUAUGCAGCUCAUACCUCCCCCAGAUCUGGGGAGGAACAAGAAGCUUCCAGAAUCUGUAGAAGCCCAACUGGGACAUCGAAUACAGGGAAAACCAAGCAGAUAUCUCCUGUGGCCACCUUCACAGUGUUCCCACAUCAGACCCCUUUUACUAAUGACUCGACUCUGCCACUGGCCUUCUGUUUGGACACGUCCCCCUCGGAACAAACAGAUCCCAGUAAAGAAAACAUGCCUCCUGAGGCCUCUGUCAGCCACCAGAAGGAACCACAGGAUGCUGACACUGGUCCAUCCAUACAAAAGAAGACCCUACAGGCCUGCCUGAUCCUAGGCCACCAUGACCCCGAAGAAGGAUUCUUGACUGAAAUACUGUCACUGGAUGAGGAGCUAUCUUAUGGCAGUGGGGACCUUCCAUCCUCCAUCCACAGGGACGCUCAUCUCCCUCCGCCUCCUCUAACUCCCAAGCGAAGAGUGGCAUAAAUGAGCCCAACCCCAGCUCAGAGAAGAUUUCCCACCCCUGCCUGAGGAGAGGAUACAUCCAUUACUGCUGAGGAUAUGUCCUCCUUAUCUGAGGAGGCUCUGGAGGAAGCCCUUUUCAGGGUCCCCAGAAGUCAAGGCACUGCCUGGGAAGCAUCUGGGCACGGUGGUAGCCUGGAUGACUCAAGUUCAAUACCUCCCUUGAGUAAUUGGGUGGUUGGUGCCCCCUGAGAUGUC